AUGGUUGCAUACGUCAAAAACAACUUUUUGUUGGUUCCUAUAAUUGUUUUACUUCUUUUUGUUGUCUCAUCAUAUGCAAGAUUUAGUACGAAGGUUACGAAAGAUGAAAUUAGCGAUAUCUGCACACAAAAAGAUAGAGAUAUCAAUGAAUUAGUUUGCUUUGAAGUCCUGGAAUCAAUCCCUGGAAUUGCAACGCGGAAUCAUUCUGACCUCGCCAAAUUUUUGAUUAAGUAUGAUUCUCAAAAGUUUUCAGAUAUGAUGAAGCAAUUCCAAUCACUUGAAAACAGCACAACCGAUCGCAGUUCUAAGGGUUCCUAUCAUGUAUGCUCAGAAACUUCUGACCUUGCUAUUGGUUGCUUUGAUACCGCUCUCACAUCUUUGGCGAACAAAGACUAUCUUACCUUAUACUAUAAUGUUGGCUGUACGAUGACAAUGGCGGGUACAUGCAGAGAUGAGCUGUCAACUGUUGUCAAGGCUAAUCCACAACUCUUUAAAGAUAUUUCAUUUGUCAGAGAUGUAGCUUUCAUUGUUCUAAUGAGAACGUUUAUGUAA